UAGUCCUUUAAAAAACACGACCAUCAACAGGUUUAGAAUUAAAAAAUGCUCUUGCUUUCCUGGUGGUGGUCCUGAUGAGUGCCAGUUUCAUCAUUAUAGCGUUUUUGAUUGACUGACCUUCAUUGUUUUCUUAAAGGAAUUUGUUUUUCUUUAUUUAGUUGAGUAGUUCUUGUUGCUUCUCAUAAUCUGGAUUAGAACAUUACUCAAAUAGAGCUGUUAUUCACUGUAUACCUGUAACUCUACCUCUUCACUACUUUACUUUAACUGAUGCUCUCAAACACAUUAGGAUACAUUAAGGGCUGAACAAAAAAACAAGAAAGAUGUCCUGCCUCAAGUGCCUGAAAUACACCAUGUGUGUGGUGAACUUCAUCUUCUUCAUCUGUGGAGCUGGCAUCUUCGGACUGGGGAUCUUCCUAAAGUCCACAGCCAAUCUUUCCGUUAUCGCUCCGUCCAUACCAGCCGUGAACGUGGUGAACGGACUCUUCAUCCUCGGCAUCUUCAUCACCUGCGUCUCCUUCCUGGGUUUUCUGGGAGCUCUUAAAGAGAACCGCUGCCUGCUCAUUUCUUUUUUCAUCUUGUUGUUUCUGGUGAUGCUGGCUGAGCUGGGCGUGGCCUGCUUCCUGCUCAUGUAUGAAUCACAGAUUGACAAAACGAUCGAGGGCGAGCUAAACAAAAGCCUGGAGCAAGCAAUAAAUAACGGGUCCAUCGAGUGGGACACCGUUCAGAAAACAUUUGAGUGCUGUGGAGUUAAAAAUGCAACAGACUGGAAAGAUAAGGUUCCAAAAUCCUGCUGCAUAACUGAAUCCUGCGAAGAGAAAUACAACCAGGGUUGUUACGAUAAGCUGAGGAACUGGUUUGAUGGGAACCUUCUGAGCACCGGGAUUGGAAUCAUCGUUGUGUGCAGUAUUGAGGUUUUGGGGAUGUGCUUCUCCAUGACGCUGUUCUGCCACAUCAGUAAGUCUGGACUGGGAUACAUGAAGUAAAGAGCAGAGCUCCAUUUAUAAUAACUCAAAUUAAAGAACUGCCAGAUUAUGAGUAACAAGUACAGCGCUGUAAUUCUGUCAGAUUUAAUGUUACUUCUGCAUGUGAAGAUCUAUAAGUGUAUAUGUGAUUUAUAUGUAUUUAUAUGCGUGUAUAUAUUUACAUAGGAGCGUUUAGACUUCUACAUCUAUGAAGCCUCAGUAUAUUUAGAAAAAAAAAAAAUAAUUUAGUCCUUAAAUCCUCAAAAAUACAUUUCAAACAAUUUACUCAUAACAUCAUUUAAGGUAAUAAAAAAAAUGAUAUAAUUAGGUCAGUAUUAAUAUAGCAUGUCUUUUGUGUCAUUUAAACAUUUUUCAAAGUUUUACUCUGAAUUAAUACAGUAUUCCUCUAUAUGCAUAUAGAGGAAUGUUAACCUUUACUUUUUCUACAUUUGAUACAGUUUUCUUUAAUGUGCUUUUUAUUCUGAUAAUGACAUAUUAUAUUAUUUGGUGCUGUGACAGAGCACCAUUGUUUUGCACCAUCAAUCAAUCAAUAAACCUUUAUUUUCCCUCGGGAAAACAUUGAGGGUGACCCUUAUUUACAAUGUUGCCGAGCAUUAACAGCAUCAAAGGGAUUGAAAACAUUUAUAGUAAUUUAUAGUAAUAAAAAUAAUAAAUAA